ACUAAUGUCACAAAAAAAGUUUAUUCUUAAAUACUUGCUUGGUGUUAUCCGAAAUCCGAAUGGAACUAAGUCAUCUGAAUUAUUAAAUUUCUUUUGGUAACAGUCGAUCUUUAAAUACAAGAUGCCAUUAACCGCUGACGUCGCAGCACAGCAAGUUCAAGAACGAUUAAGAUCUCUGCAUAGAUUAAUAUAUGACAUAGAAGCAGAGAGAAGUUGUAAUGAGCAAUGUAUUGACUCAAUAUUGAGAGCUGAGAAAGCGGUGGAAUCCUCUUCAUCUGCUGAAGAUUCUUCUAGUUCUUCUCAACAGCAAAUGCAGCUAAAGAGUUUAUAUAAAGCAGGACUUACAGCUGCCGAACAAGAAGAGAGAGUUCUCCGUGCUGCUCUAUCACGAAUUUAUGAAAUACGCGCAAUAAAAAAUGAAAGACGUAUUCAAGCUCGUCAUGCUGGUAACAAGGAGACAAUAGGCUGUGGAGCUCUAAUGAAGAUGCUGUUAAGCGCGGCGCAGACGCUGCCGUUGCACGUUGGCCGUGUGGGUGAGCGCGCACCGCCGUUGUGUGGCGCCGUACCCGCCGACGCCGGACAUAUUGCGCGCGCUGGGGACGCCGUCGCCGCACUCGUCAGGGUCUCCGAGAAAGAGGAGAACUGGAUUCUUGCUGAGGUAGUGAGCUGGCUGCCGGCGCAGGGGAAGUACGAGGUGGACGACAUCGAUGAAGAGCAGAAGAACCGGCAUGUGUUGAGCAAGCGGCGCGUGGUGGCGCUGCCGCUAAUGCGGGCCGACCCGCGAACGGACGAGCAUGCGCUAUUCCCCAAGGGCGCUGUGGUCAUGGCGCUGUACCCGCAGACCACGUGCUUCUACCGCGCCGUCGUCAACCGUCUGCCCGCCUGCGCCGCCGACCCCUACGAAGUCUUGUUCGAGGACUCCUCUUAUGCGGACGGAUAUUCUCCGGCAGAACGUGUCGCUCAACGAUACGUUAUUGCUAUCAAAGAAGGAAAGGGUCGCGGCACCUGACACUCGCGCUCGGCCCCGCCCUCUGCGCGCUCGUCGCCGCUGUCCACGGACUCGCUGCACUGAACUCUGCCUUGUCGACCGCGAUUGAAGGCGUUGCGCGUUGCGUAUAAAUAUUAUAGACUAUUUGUCCAAUUAAGUGUAAAUUUACGCUAAUAAUUAUAAAUUUUGGUGUAGCAUUCAUUUGACUUGACUAUUAAAUAUGAUAAGAAGUAAUUUAAAUUUCACUUUAAUAUUUGUAAUAAGUGUCAUUAAUGUACUGGCUCUACCGCCGAGUUGGGCCAUUAAAAUAAUUUGUUGUCAUUUUCUGUCAAUAAAUUCUCCGUAAUAGCCUAGUCUUUAAGUUGUACGUAAGGCCUUUGUUGUCUUGCGU